AUGAGUACCACGGCUCUAAUAGCUUUUCUAUUUCCACCACCGAAAAUAAUUAAAUUUCCAUUGCCAUUUAAAAUGUGGACACCGUACGACAUAAAUUACAGGCCAUUUUUUUUAUUGUCAUAUUUACAUGAGGCAAUUGGUGUAACACUCAUGACCUUUGUGACAUGCUCAGUUGAAUCAUUGGCAUUAACUUAUGCCGUUUGGAUGACUGCAAUGUCAACAGCGUCGAUUGAGUGUUUUGUUAUGUUGAUCAUUGUACAAAUUGGAGGACAAUUGGAUAUAAUAAUACAUCGUUUGAGUUUAUUGUCAACAGGAUUUAAGAAAAAUUCUUCACAAUUUAUAAUUCGUCGAUACGAAUCGAGAAUUGUUAAAGAUUGUGUCACUCAUCAUAAUUAUAUAUACGACUUUCAUGGACAGAAAUUAAUUGAAGGGAGUCUGGCGAUUUCACAUAAAAUUUGGCACAUUGACUGGGUGAAUUUGUCAAAUAAGACAAAAAAAGAUCUCACGAUAAUAAUGAUUCGAGGUGGUAAACCAAUAAAAAUGUCUGGUUCAAUUGUCAGUGAAAUGUCACUAGCCACAUUUGUUAAAGUUUUAAAAUCCAGCUAUUCAGUGUACAAUUUAACGUGUGCUAUGUAA